AUGGGAAAGCCACUUGUUCUGGACGGAUCCUCCAACUGCCGUUUGGUUGCGGAAAGCAUUCAGGCCGCCAUAGAAGAUCCUCAUAUUGAUCGACUGAUUGUCUCUGGAAUCGACCUUGAAUGCGAGAUUGCCUCCUCUUUGCUGGUACUCUUCAAACACAGAAUUCAUCCAUGGGCGGAAAUUGUGGUUCGAAAAUGCAUCGGUCCUAUUCAUGGUUUAUUGACAUUGAUUCUGGAAGAGUCCAAAGCAUCUGUCGACGUGCUGCAACUAGACAACACCGUUGGGAAACUCGGUGUCUCAGGCGCAAUUCGCAGGGGACUGUCUAAGAACAGAGAUUUGUGUAAAGUGAAAGAAAUAGCGCUUACAAACUCUCGCCUAUCGGCAUGGAUAAUGGAGGACCUAAUGACCGGUAUCUGCACUCACACUGGCAUUCGAAAUCUACUCUUCAUUGCAUGUGAGUUUAUACCUUCAGCCGCAGCAAUACUGUCGCGAGGCCUAAAAUAUUCACCACAUGUUCAAGACUUGAGUUUGUAUGGGUCUAAAAUUGACGACUAUGAUCUCGCAUCGGUCGUUGAUUCAUGCUAUAAUUUGACUUCCAUCGACUUGGGACAUACGGAUUGUGGACCCAAGACCAUUUCUCGACUCGGCUUUCUCUUGGAUUCUUCUCGAAAAAGUUCUAAUUGUAAACUGACGUCUCUUGAUAUCAAUUGCCAUCGCCAUCUUGGGACUUCCACUCCGUCGGGUACAGAUCUGACAGCACUUUUUCGAGGACUGACACAAAAUUCCACGGUGAAGCACCUUGACAUCACAUCCCUACCACUGAACGAUAAAUCAGCAGAAUGCCUGGUCACUUGUCUGCAUAAUAACGUUACGUUGGAAUCAAUGGUGCUGACUGACUGUGGUCUCUCGCAAGUUUCCAUGACGUUGAUCCUUGAGAAUCUUGCCAAUUUUGCUGGGAUGCGAAGAUUAUACAUGGACGGGCGACACAACCUCGGCCUUUAUGGCAGACAGCAAUGGACGGAGCUAGCAACCGAAGCACUGAGUACAAGGAAUCUACUUUUGGAGGCCCUUUAUUUGCCGCCGGCAUUUGAUUUUUACCGAGCUGAGAUGGACCAGUUGUUGGAUAGGAAUCUUGCAGGACGACGGAUACUUUUGAGCGAUGGGAUGUGCAAGACAUCACCGACACUUCAAAAUCCAUCAGCAGUAUGGUCCCACGUGCUGGAACGGGUCAACAAAGUAGCCCUACCUGAUGGAUGUAAACGUAAUCCUCCAAGCAAGGCAGCACGACGAGCCGAUAUGACAUACUACAUGCUGCGACAACGCAUUAUGUUGGAGAACUGA